UAGCAAUUUUCAUCGUUGAACUCGUUAGGCCGUUACUUAUUACCGUUGCCUAUAGAUGUGUUUUCAUUUGCUAGAUUAUUCGAGGGACAAAUACAAUUAUCACUGACUUUUAGUACAUAAAACACUGGAAGUAAACACAAUUAUUAUUUAACUUUGUUUUUCUCUGAUGAAGUAAAUAGACCAGAUGCUUCUUUAUUGAAGACAGAUACACAAUUUCAAUAUGAAUUGUCCAUUUCUUGCAUAAAGACAUAUGUAAAGUUUAUUCCUUCGGAAGUUCAAACCUUAAAAUCACGAAGGUGUACAUUAUUCUUGAUAAAUGUGAACAACAAAUUUUAAGAGUUCGAGUUAUCGGUAAUAAUGAAAGUAACUGUGUGCUUUGAUGAUGUUAAAGUUGUUGUCCCAUGUGGAAACGGAAGCAUUCUGAUUCGAGAGCUAGCUGAAAUGGCUCUUUUAAGGUUCCAGAAAUCCACUUCGUCUUUGCUUCAUACAAAAUGUUGCAUAGAUCAAAAUGUCAAAUUGUGUACAGGGAGUCAAACAAAGUCACCAGAAAAACGAAAGCAAGAAAACUACAAUCUAGAUCAACAACAACAACACAGUCAAAUAAUACCGAAAGAAUUAGAUCAGCCAGACAAUGAUUCUCAUCUAAAAACAGAUAAUCAAAAAAAUGUAUCAUGGAAACUGAAUAUUGAUAGUGAUUAUGAAGUAGAUUCGUUAGCGUUAGCUCGUGAUGGUGGUAUACUGGAUUGGGAUGAUCGUGUUGUUGAUGUGUUAGAUGAUCGUGAACUGUUAAUUGUUAAUUUUCGCAAGAAAACUUCAUUAGCCUCAUCAUCAAUUGCACCAAUAACAGUAACAAUACAAAAAGAAUUACAAGAAUCAAGUUAUAAUCAUCAAAAAAAUUUACAAAAUGAUUUUUCUCUUAGUAACAUUAAUGAUUCCUCAUUAACUACAAUUGGUUUCAAUCAAGUCAAAUUUAAUUAUCCUUUUAGUAAUGAUAAAUUUGAAAGGAAUCAAAUGAAUAAACACAUUACAACAAUACCUGUUUGCUGUUCUUUAUAUAAUCAAACUACAGUAAACAUAUCAUCAUCGACUUUAUUAUCAUCAUCAUUGUCAUCAUCUUUAACUUCUUGUUCACCCUCAAUGACUGGUAGAAUUAUAUGCGAUACAGGCGUAACAUACGUUCAGUUACCAUAUCCACAACGUGAGGAAAAACAACCAUUUCCAAUACUUUCUUCAAUAUCCUCAAUAGAAACAUCAUUACCAUCAUAUUCACAGCCACCUAAACCUCCACAUCGUCAUCCUAUAUUGUCUGCAUUAUCAGAAAGAAUAUGUUUAGAAGGAGAAUCUUGUGAUUGUUUUUUACUAAGAAAAAAUGAUAUGAGCAAUAAACAAGCAAUGUUGACUAAAGAUAAUGAAUUUAGAAUCAAUCAAACAAAUCAAGAUCAAAAUAUUCCGCCUACAGUUCAUUGUCCAUAUAGUGCACAUCCUGUUACAACGCUAAUUGGUGGAUUAGAAUAUGAAUUAUAUAGUACAAAAACGCCAGCUGCAUUUAGACCACCUACAAAUACAUCAUCUAUCAUUACUAAACCAACAUUUAAUACUAAACAAACAUCUGUAUCUAUAACAUCUCCAUUGAUUCAUCGAUUGAAUAAACCUACUCCUGUUGAUCCUCCACUUCAUCAUCAUCAUCAUCAUCAACAUCAUCAUCAUGAUACUUCUUUAUUAAAAACAUCACUUUCAUUACCUCCAUUAGCUCAACCAUGUAAUGUAAAUGCAAUAGAAAACAUAAAUCGAUCCUUGGUUACAAAUCAUUUACAACAAAUGAAUUUAUCAAAAUUGAAAACGAUAACAGAUAAUAAUGAUGUUCAUGAUGAAAACUCCAAUGCAACUAACAAUAAUUUAAACCAAAAUAAAUAUCAAUUUUAUGAACAGAUUCAUGAUAAUCAAUAUGAACGGAAUGUAACUAUUUAUCAUGAUACUCCUCCGAAUGUUGCAAACCUACUUGGAAGUUAUUCACCCCAAUCACUUGUAGAUCGGAAUGAAUAUGUGAAUAUACCACAGUCAAAAUUAAAUAAUGAUCAAUUAUCCUUGACAACAAAUGCAUUUCCUACUUAUAUGAUACUUCCAUCAUCCGUUUCAUCAUUAAAUGAUUAUUUAAUAUCCAUUCCUAAUUCAUUAUCAUCAUUAUCAUCAACUAUAUUGAAUAAAACCGAUAUUAGUAUUAUAAAUAAUGUUAAUAAUGAUGAUUUAUUAAUGGAUACAUCAUUUUUAUCAACAGUACCUGAAGAAGAUUUGGAUAUAGGUGAUAUAACUAGUUCGAAUAAAACAACACCACAACAAAGUCCUUGUAAAAAAGUUUAUUCAAUGAAACAAAUCAAUAAUAAUUUGUUGGAAUCAAUUCAGAAUAAUAAUAAUAAUAGUAAUUCUGAAGAUCUUCAUGAUAUUGUCCAUCAUAGUUCACCAAAGUCUUUAUCACCAGUUACUAUAUUACACACUGCACAAUCACUUCAUAAUAAAGAAACUGAAUUGUACAGUAAUUCAUCUAGUCAAAUAUGCUCUGAUGAAAAUGUUGAAUUACAAUCAUUAUCACCAUCAUCAUCGUCAUCACCACCACCACCACCAGUGUUAUCAAAAUUAUCUCAAAAUUCUCCAUCUCAGUCUCAAGAAAUUUCAGAUAGUUAUUGUGCUCGUCCUAAUAGAAAACAAAAACGUUAUCGAAAUUCCAGAGCACCAGCACCCCCUACACCAACAACAAUAAGCACAGCUGUAACAAAUUCACCUUCUACUAUAUCAAUACCUCUUAGUACGUCAAUAAAUCAAUCAGUGAUAGAACCACCACCUCCACCUCGUCGAUCAAUGCAAAAGAAUCCUGAUACACCACAUACUAGUGAUUCAGAUACAGACGACAAAGAUUAUAAGAAUUUAAUGAGAUCUCGACAAAUUCAUCAAGUUUCAGAUAAAUUACCAUCAAGUCUUAAUUCCAUGAAUAAAGAAGAAGAAGAAGAAGAAGAACAAUUAAAAGAUGAUAAUUCAAAUUGUGCUUCCAGAUUAAAUCAUCCAUGUCAACAUACAAGACCACAGCAUACAAUCAUAAAUAAUGAUAAAUUACAUCCAAAUCAUUUGAAUCAAUUAAUUACAUCCAUAGAAACAACCAUAGCUACUAUGAAUUUUGAACAGAAUCCAAAUAUCAAUUGUACAUGCUCAUUAUGUAAUGAUAUGAAACAGAAUAAUCAAUUCAAUCGAUCAGAUUUGAAUAAAUCAAUCAUACGUAAACCAACUCCACCGAAACGAUCACCUAAAACUAUUUUAACCAGCCUUAAUACAUCUCCUAAAUCAGAAGAACGUGAAAAUCAUAAAGUCCAAAUGAAUUCAGUUCAAAGUUCUAAUCAGUUAGCAAAUAUUAUGGAUCCUAUAAACUGUGAAUCCAGAGUAAUCUGUGACCAUAAAAUUGAUGAUGACUGUAACAAUGAAGAUUCCAAGGAACAAACACACCCUACUAUGACUACUACCAGAAAUGGUAGUCAUAGUAGUCAUGAAGGAAGUGAACAUAAUGAGGAGAAGCAAUAUCCUAUGUAUGAUAACAAUAAUAAUAGUAAUAAUAAAAAACAAUCUGAUUUAAUUAUACCAGAUAACACUGGUCAAGAUAAUGAGAUGAUCAAGUGUUGUGUAUGCAAUUCAUUGCAUGAAAUAGAUGCUGAAGCUGAAAUUCUUCAUAUGACUGAAUUAUUAUCGAAACGUCGUGAAUCUGAAGCUAGACGUCAAUUAUUAUUAGCUGAGAUGGAGGCUGGAAUAGAACGAGAUGAUCGUUUAAGAGUCGCUGCAAAUGCUAUGGCAUUGGCGGUGUCGCCAAUGACAAGUGAUAUAACAUGUAAUAUGAAUAAAUCGGAAUUAUGUAAUGUAUCAAAUUGUAUACACUAUAAUUAUUGUUUACGUCAUCAUCAUCAUCAUGAUCAUCAACAACAAAUUCAUUCUAAUAAUGUUUGUAAUGUACAACAACAUAUUGCACUAAAUCCACCACAUUUACAUUCUAUAGAUCACAGAAAUAUAGAUAAUGAAUUGAUACCUCCGAUAACAUGCUGUUGUACAUCGGAUUGUAUCAGAGAAGAAGAUAUAUUGAUUACAUUACGAAAAUCUUCAUGUGGUUUAGGAUUUAGUUUAACCACAAAACUUAUUCAUCCUAAAUCAACAUUGAAUUCAUCAAUGAAUGAAUCGUUAUUUGCUGUAUAUGUGAAAAAUAUUUUACCUGAUGGUUCAGCUAUAAAAGAUGGACAAUUACGUGUUGGUGAUCGAUUGAUACAAAUUGAUAAUUUAGAUGUAAUUGGUAAAUCACAAGCACAAAUUGUAGCUAUAUUACGAAUUAAACCAGUUGGUAGUAUUGUUCAUUUAUUAGUACGUCGUCAAGUGCAUCAAUGUCAAUUAAAUACAAAUAAUUGUUUAACAUGUCAUUUCUUAUUAAAUUCAACCUAUCAAUGUCCAAAUUUAUUAAAUACACCAAUGAAUCAAAUAACAAAUCAUUUAACUUGUGACAAAUUAUCUAAUUGGGUUGAUACACGUAAAUGUUCAUCACCACCAUUACAAAUGACAUUAUAUUAUGAUGGAUUAACUAAUUUAGAACGUGUUUAUCAUCCAAAUUAUCCACUUUAUCCAGAUGUGAUACUACUUCGUUUACAUAUUCCACUUAUUCCUAUUAAUGAAGAGAAUGUAGAUCAUCUUAAAAAUUCUAAAAAUUGUUUAGAUACUACUACUAAUACUACUACUAAUAAUAGUAAUAGUAAUAACCUAUUAACUACAACAAGUUUACGUCAAAUGCGUCUUGGUGUUAGUGUACGUGAAUCUAAUUCAUCAAGAGCAAGUAAAUUAAAUGAAUUAUCACAGAAUACAAUUAAAUUAAAAACAAAUAUAAAUAAAAAUAAUGAUAAAAUAAAUCCAAUCAAUUCAUUAACUGAUACAUCAUAUAUUGCUGAUUCUAUCUAUGGUGGUGUCAUAGUGAAAUGUGUCAUAGAAGGUGGAGCUGCACAUAAAGAUGGUCGACUUCAAAUCGGUGAUGAAUUGUUGGAGAUUAAUGGAGUUGUUUUGGUUAAUGCAAACAAUCCAUUAAGUUUAUUACGUUCUGUUCUGAGGAAAUUAUCUAAUACAACUGUAAAUGACAAUAAAAAUUGUGAUGAUGAUGAUAACAAUAUGACUACAACUUCAACAAGUGUAACCGAUAGAACAACCACGACAAUAACAACAUCAACAACUGCUUAUAGUUCUGUUGCUACUAAUGAUACUACUACUAUUACUACUAGUACUACAAGUAAUAUUAAUUCUAUAACAGCUUCACCUACUAAGAAAAAUGAUCAGAAUACAACUUCUAAGUCUACCUUCGAUAAAGAAGAUACAAUGGAAAUGUUAGAUACAAUUCAACCAAAAGUGGUAGAUUUAUUGAUAGCUCGAUUAACAAGGCAUCGAAGAUCUGCAUCUGGACACACUCUUGCAUCGAACUCCGAGUUUAGUUCAGAAACUUCGACGUCAAGCACUGUGCUAACUGCUACACCAAAGUUUUUACCACCUGUCAAUAAUAAGACUAGUCCUGAAUCAUCAUGUAUUAGUCAAGAACAAUCCAUAGACCAUCAUCAUGGUAGUCAUCAACAUCACCAACAUCGCCAUCACCAUCAUCAUCGGCAUCAUCGUCAUUUGUCUCAACCACAACAAAAAUGUUACUGUUCAAAUCCUCUAACAACUUCAUCUUCAUUGUCAUCAUCACCUUCAUCACUUACAACAAAUCCUACUGAGAGUGAAACACAUGUUACUACAAUCAAUGCUAAUGACAUACAAAACAUGAAUAAUAACGCUAAAAAUAACGAAACACCGAAAAUAAAAGCAGAAAUACAUUCAGUCAAAGUGGAACAGGAAGAUAAUGCUACUGAUGAUGAUAUUAUCACUACUACUAAAACGACUCUUAGAGAUGACUGUGCCACCUAAAAUGAUUAAAUCAUAGUUACACAGAUUCCUGUAAAGUAAGUCAUUUUACAUAAAUGAUGAUAUCUUACAUUUUCCUAUCAUAGAGAUGAUUUACAAUGCUGUUGAUACCUUUGAUUAUUCAGUGACUCCCUAGUUGUGACUGGGCUCACUCCACUAAUUACCAACUGGUUAGCAGUUGAACGUAUUCUUACGGCGGCAGAAAGAGGGAGCCUCACAUGAUUCCCUUUUAAAUAUAUAUGUAUACACAUAUAACAGUACGAUGUUUUAUAAAUGAAAGCAAAACUCUAAGGAAAACAUCUAUUAUUCGAAGGGAAUUUACGUCUUGAAGUAACAAAACAAUUUUAAGGAUCGUUCAAAAAUUAAAAGGCAUGAAAUACUUAUUCUGUACCAGUUUCAAACUUGUCACAAUCUCAUACAUGAUGAAACCGAAUAAAUUUAUAUCAUGUAAUGUGAACAAAAUGGAUAAAACUCCUACCGUAUUAGCAAUAAUAAUAACAGUAACAGUAAUAAACUUUGUAUUAUUUGUUUGAAUCUUCCGCCAACGGGAUGGCGGCUUGGAGUCGAAUAGAAGAUGGCGUUUCGUCCAACUCGAGGCUCUUCAGCUGGAUGUACUCGCAUCCCAGAGCUAAUAUUUACUUCAGGACUCGUACCCAGCACCAUUUACUUCGAGUGAACAUCAACUCUGGAAUUUUGGUACAUCAAGGUGACAAGUACCAAAUAGAACGAAAGGCACGUCCCGGAUACCAUUACUAGAAAAGGUGAAGAUUUACAAACUUCCUUGGUGUACUAAUUUGAUGUUUUAAAUAUUUAGGAUCAUAAAAUAUUGUAAACUUUUGAUGAAAGCACGCGAUUAUAUUAUAAAGUCUACCUUACAAGCGCGGGAAAAAUGAUCUUUGAAAAUAGGAGAUAUGCGUAGUCUGAAGAAUUUGAUCAUAGUUGUUUGCAAAGUAUUGCUCACACGUCGCAGAACGAUCGAGUGAGUAAUGCGGAGGUUAGUUAUAGGGUACUACGCAAAGACGGAAAUCAGUUGAUGGGAUUUUAAAUCUUUUUUGACUGACGCAGUUAAAGAAUAUAUUACGCAUGUAUAACCAGUACUUAUCAUAACUCAUGAUGUUAGCCAGUGUAGAAGUAGGUUAGAAGAAAUUUGGCUUAGCCAUAACGAAGAGUAAUAUCAGCCUAUAAAGUCAGUAACUAUUGAACAGCACCAUGUAGGUAGAUUCAGGCUACCUGCUAAGGGUCCACGAAAUAAUCGCAAUCAGUCGUUGGAUAUACUGGGUAAUAGGGAUCAAAAUUGGUUACAAUGACACUCAUUCACACUAUCUUCAUCUUCCCCUUCAACUUUAUUUUCAGUAUUUGCUUUAGUUAUGUCGUUCCAGACCAUAUUCUAAGUUCAUUGUUUAUUUCAUUAUCAACUUAACAACAUAAUUUUGACUUCCUUGGCUAUUCAUUGUGUUUAAAUUCAUCUUGUGCAGAUGCGAUAUAUCAAUCAAUCUAGCCCACAUUUUUUUGCAAGAUCUAUAUUGGUCAGGACUGGCUAUUUGUCACAUCAUAAAACGCCAUGACUAACACCAAGUUAACUCACUUUACUAAUUCAUGAAAAUUAUUUGUAUAGUGUGAAAAUAAUGAGUUAUUUGUUACAAUUAACUUUAUUAAUUGUAACAAACUUAAACGUCUACACUCAAAACCCAAGGUUCGAACCCCAUGAGCGGGAUCGUGAGUGCAUACUGCUAAGGAGUCACACAAUAGGACGAAACGGCUAUCCAGUGCUUUCAGGUUUUCUAUGUUAAUCAAUUGACUCAUGAUAUCAACUAUUCAAAUUGUUUUUCUUAAAUAAUCUAUUUCUUAUUUCUUUCUUUCAGACAAUUAAGAAAAAUGAAUGAAAA